AUGGCAUCGUCGUCGAGUAGCAGUGCUGCGUCAGGAGCAGGUGCAGGCCCAGAUGCAGGUGGGAAUGCUGAAAACCAGACGGGAAAUCCACCGAGAAGAAUUCCGCCGACAAUGGGCGAUUUACUCCUGUCAUUCCGGGGGUCAGUUUCACAGUGGUCUGAUGCGGUAAGGAAGUAUGCAAUGACCGGCGUUGAGGAGCGCUGUGCGAGAAGGAUGGGAAUGGCGCAGGUACAGCCUCAGACCGAUGAACUCUAGCGCGUUAGUUCAGUCAUGCUGGCAUCUAUUUUUUAUUUUCAGUGGAUGUGGUCUGCGUCUGAAUCUGAUGCUGAUACUGAUUUCGCCGCUAUCAGUCGAAACUGAAACAAAAAAACAUUGAUGGACUUGAGCCCGUGAUGAAUAAGUAACGCCAGGUAAACAUGUGGUACAUCUUGGCCACCCGCGACCUUCACAAGCGACAGACCGGCGGGCGCACCCAGUUGCCAAUGGAAUUGCGGCGACGCAUCAUUGAGUUUAUGGGCCCGAUUGAGCAUCCGGCGCUGGGGAUUAGCGGACGUGACGCUUUGCAAAUCUCAAAAGCGCAGCGAGCAAGUGAUCGAGCGAGAGCGGUAGCGUACUACUCUGAGUUGAUCAAGGAACGGGCGGAGGCGGGGGAAGGGUCUCUUCUCUUACAACCAUAACGGGGGGUCUACUCAUCGGCUUUAGAACUUUUUGAAAACUUUUUGAAAACUUUUGAAAACAGAGCAAAACGAUGACGCGAAACCACCAAGGUCCGACGCCCUUUUUUGGCGCCGUGCCGUCGUGUUUCGUGGUCAUAUAUUUUGACCGAUAAAAGGCGCGCGCGCUGCCGUCGGUCACACGUGAAUCGCGGGCGGAAUACUCUCCGCAGACUUGUAAUCUCUUGCGCGUUUCUUGAGCAGCGUGUCGCACAAACCGGGCCGCGUCCUUGAUAUAUGUAGUCACGCACGAAAAGGCUUAGAUCCACCCCUCCGCGUUUCGCCUAGGGGCAAACGCACUCGGGUGGCCGUGCUGUUUAUUUGACCGAGGGGCAAACGCACUUGGGUGGCCAUCCCCCCAUCCGGGGCCAGCCCUCCUCCUUUUCGCCUAGCAGGGUUUAGGGUUUAGCCCUCCUCCUUUUCACCUGGCGCAGGGCUUGGGUUUAGGGUUUGGGGUUUAGGGCCUAGGGCCUCGGUUCUCAGGCGCAGCGCGCCGGCCCGAGCGGCGUGUCUGGAGAGAUCCAGGGGGUGCGCCCCUGCGCCGCGUUGCGUUUGUAAUUCCCACAAGAAAAAGCGGCGCAGUCGAAGAAGCAGACUCUGAGUUCUGCUAUCUUUUUGGCACCUGUUCUGACCCCAGGCACGGCGGCACGCUGCCAGAAAGGAGCGAGGCUGCUGAGUCUUCAAAAAGUACAAAAGAAGCGUAGCCCAGACAUGAAGCAGGCUGGCACUGCCUGCGAAGUAGGCAAAGCUCACGGCUCAGGUUUUGCAGUCUUUGUGGCGCCGUGCCGUCGUGUUUCGUGGUCAUAUAUGGUGGCCGAUAAAAGGCGCGCGCGCUGCCGUCGGUCACACGUGAAUCGCGGGCGGAAUCCCCUCAGCAGAUUUUUAAUUUCUUACGCAUUUGAACGGCGUGCCAUCCUGUUUCGUGAUAGGUUUCGACCCCGGAGCCGGGGCGAAAAGUUGUAUACUUUACACGCGACGAAUGCCGUGGGUGGUAACGUUAUCCACGGCGGCACCGCGUAGGCAAAAAAGCGCGCUUUUUCAACUUUUGCCCGAAUUCUGAGGCAAAGCGCGACUCGUGCGCCCAUUUUGAAAAGUUUUUUUUUUGCACUUUUGCACUAUAUGCGAAAAACCAAAACCGGUGGCAUGAUGCCGCUUUUCUGGGCCUCAAAAAAACGACUCCCGAGCUAAUUCCCGAAAAAAAAAACUUUUAAAAAACUUUUUAAAAGCUUCCAUUUGGGGCACCAAAUCGCUGCCGGUUUCAAGCAGACUCCGCCGCGGGGAGCUUCGAGAAGGGAGGCCAGAAAAAAAGUUUUUUCGGGGUCUUUUCGGGCUCGUUUCGGGCUCAUCGAAAUAGCACAGCAAAAAAGUCGCACUUUUUGGCUUCCGCCGUACCACCGCGCCAAAAUCGCCAUUGCUCCAGCGCCGGUGGUAUGCUGGUGGUGUUUUUUUGUUAUGUUUCGUCAGUGCCGGCGCUUUUGCGUCUGCGUCAAGCUUUUGGGUUUUUUGGUACUAGAAGUAGCCUGGGCGAUGAAGGAAAAGCUAGAAGCUGAGUCCAGUGCUAGACUCUGGACGAGUUGGAGUUGGAGUGUGAUAUUGGAUGGGGUAUCGCUACGCUUAUUUCUCGGCCUGAUUUCGUGAUAGGUUUGGACCCCGGAGCCGGGGCGGGCUGUUGUAUAUUUUACAUGUGAAGAAUACCGCUGGCGGUAACAUUAUCUAUGCAUGGCGGCACGGCGUAGGGUAAAAGGCGCGAGCUCUCGACUUUUGCUCAAAUUCUGAGGCAGGGCGCGACCUGUGCGCCCAUUUCAAAAAGUUUUUUUUGUGCUUUUUCGUUAUAUCUGGAAAACCAAAACCGACAGCAUGGCGCCGCUUUCCUGACCUUCCAAAAAAAAACUCCCGAGCUGAUUCUGGGAAAAAAAACCUUUUGAAAACUUUCCAAAAGCUUUCACUUAGGGCACCAAAACGGUGCCGGAUUCAAGCAGAAUCAGCAGCGGGAAGCUUCGAGAAGGGCGGCCAGAUGAAAAGUUUUUUCGGGCUCGUUUCGGGCUCACCGAAGUAGCACAGUAAAAAGCUUGUUGCAUUUUUUGGCCUCCGCCAUACCACCGCGCCAAAAUCAGCAUUGUUCCAGCGUCGCUGUUAUGUUGGUGGUGUUUUUUUGUUAUGUUUCGCCAAUGCCAGCACUUUUGCGACGAAGGGCAUCGCUGAGUCAGGCUUUUGGGUUUUUUUAUGUUUGGCUUCCCUCUUUGAUACUACGAACAGAGAGCAAGGGAAAGCUUUUCGGUCUUUGGCCUUGACCACGAAGCCCGCCGUUGUUGCAGGCUGGGUGGGCCACCAAGCUCGGCGCUGCCUCAACUUUCUCAGGUGCGGGCGUUUUUCACUGUGGCGGAGUGCGCAAACUGGGCACCCACGAAAAGCGCGGGACCCCAUCGGUCACACUGGAACCGCGAUGGCAUGCUGGGGCUCGAUCUCGUGUUGGCCGUGCAGUCAUUGGCCACGAAGUUGCGAGGCAGCUCCUUUGACGAGCAGGCCGGCGGGAAAUUCAGAGUUUUCGAAAAGUUUUUGAAAAGUUCUGAAAGUUUAGCACAGACCCCCCGUUAUGGUUGUAAUUCUCGUUGAUGCACAAACUUUCGACGCAGCUCCGCGGAUGCGAAAUGGUGAUGCCGUCCAUGCAGACACUAUAGCAACGUACUUCGGCCAUUUGGGUCACAUCAUCGAAGAUCGAAGAGGCAACACGAUAGAUGUAUUACACCACGGCAGCGCCACCGUUCCGUUCAGGAUCUCGUUCAAUGGUGCGAGACACGACGACGCCACAGGCGAAGCGGCGAUGGAACUUCUGGGGAAAAAAUUAUCCGCACCUCUCGAACGCAAGUACAAGAGUAACCAUCGCGCAGCCUUUGCUGAGACAAUGGAGAAGACACGAAAUGCCGUUGUUAUGUACUUCAGCGAUUACCUCCUCAAAGAAUUUGCUUCCGGGAAAGUUGAAGUUGAAAUAACAGAAGCAAUUGUCAAUGCCGCACCCAAGCUGCCUUGUGGCGCCGCCUAUCCCAUGACCGAGCGACAGGCGAAGCUGUUCCAUUCCGAUCUAGACGAGUCGGACGCGGCCCUGAGUCGUCUCCGAUUCGAAGUACAUGGACUUCAAUUCCAUCCUUAUUACCGCAUCAUAAAUCAUUCGGAGACCCUCCCGCCUGCGUUUACCAUUCGUCUUGGAAAAGAAGAUGAGUUUACCGAAUGAGUGAGCGGGUUGGCCGCGGGAACAGGCUCGCUCAACAAUGAGUCGCAGAUUUAAACAUAAACCGACGACUAUCCUCUUUCUUUCAGAUUUUCCUCGAACCAAUGGCAAUCGUCAAAUUGAACCAAUUGUGUGAGUAACACUGAGUACCAGCUGUCGGAACUCUAUCACCACAUCCAAGAAAUUGGCGAUCUUAAAAGUACUAUUUUGAAAUCUUU